AUGAAGUUCUUCGCCCUCUUCGCUCUUGCCGGUCUCGCCAUCGCCGCCCCCGCUCCCCAGCGCCCGGGCCAGGCCAUCUCCUCCUCUUCGGCCGCUGCCUCGGCUGCCCCGUCCCAGGCUUGCUACAACCGUGCCUGCGGUGGUAACUACCCGUGGAAGAAGGACGUCGUCGAGCGUGCCCCCGAGCCCGUCGUCGAGGCCAUCGUCGAGCGUGCUCCCGAACCCGUCGUCGAGGUCCUCGAGGCUCGUCAGCGCCCUGGCCAGGCCAUCUCCUCCUCCUCCGCCGCCGCCUCCGCCGCCCCCAGCCAGGCUUGCUACAACCGUGCCUGCGGUGGAAACUACCCCUGGUAG